AUGACUACCGAUCCCCCUGAACAAGUUAUCACUCCUCAACAAAACGUCACCUCGGAAAACCCCCCCGCCGAAGCCCCCAAACUGGCGCUGGGCCUGUUGGUGAACCCCACCAUUGGCCGGUUGCCUCAACCGUACCCGCCAAUGACGUCGCCCAUCUUGGACUUGUUUCUGCUCCAAAACAAGGCUGCCAUCAUCACCGGGGCCGUGCUGGGCAUUGGUUUUGUCGUCGCCGAAGCCUACCUCCAAGCGGGGUUGCUGAAGUUGGCGAUCAUCGACUACGCUCCCAAUGACGCUGCGGUGAAUAAGCUCCGCAAAGUCAACCCGCAGGCGCAAGUGGUGUUCUACAACUGCGACGUGCGCCGGGCUCUGCAAGUGAAGGACGUCAUCCACCAGGCCCGCGACGAGUUUGGUGUCAUUGAUAUCUUUGUCGCCAACGCCGGCAUCGCCUGGACUUCGGGCGCUAUCGUUGACCAAGCCGACGACGACGAUGCCGAAUGGCUCAACGUGUUUAAUAUCGACGUUAACGGUGUCUACUACUGUGCUAAGCACAUUGGCAAAGUGUUCCAGCAACAAGGGUUUGGCUCGCUCAUCAUGACGGCGCUGAUGAGUGCUCACAUUGUCAACGUACCCAACUUCCAGGCUCCGUAUAACGCGGCGAAGCUGGCGGUACUUCAUUUGGGCCGUUCGCUCGCCGUGGAAUGGGCUAACUUCGCUAGAGUCAACACUGUGUCCCCGGGUUACAUUGGCACUGAGUUGCUGGACUUUGUUCCUGAAGAUAUCAAGAGCACCUGGUACAGAUUGACUCCCAAGGGUCGCCAGGGCCACCCGCGCGAGUUGUGUGGCGCCUACUUGUACUUGGCGUCGGACGCGGCGUCGUUCACCACGGGCUCCGACAUUAAGGUUGACGGUGGCUACUGCCUGGUGUAA